AUAAGAUAUCAAUUCCAUAAGAAAAGAAAUUUGUCAUAUUUCAGAAAAUUGUAAACAGUAGAAGUGAAACAUUCAAACGUGAGUUGUGAAAUGUGAUUAAUAAUCAAAUCGAGAAUGAAAUUUCACGAGAACCGUUGUCGACAGUGUAAAAAAUUAUUUUGUUGUUCAAAUUGUCGAUUGGCACACGAGCAAAAAAAUCAUUCAGCACGUGAAAUAAAGUGUCCAAUUUGUUGUUCAAAAAAAUUCCAAAUAAAAGGAGACGAGAGUCACGAAUUUAUUUGUCAUUUGGUUUUUCAUCAUUUACCACUUCUAUGUCGUUUGUGCGGUCAGUCGUUUCGAACGUGUGAAGAUUUAACGUUACUUCAAAAGUGCGGUUGGUGGAAAUUGGAAAAUUCACGUCGUGUAUUGAAAAUUUUGGAAAAUACACUAUCACCAAAAACGCCAAAAUUAGACGUCAAUAAUUAUAUCGAUUCAUGCAAUAAUUAUAAUAGUAAUAAUAAUAAUAAUAAUAAUAAUAAUAAUAAAAAUAAUAAUAAUAAUAGAAAAAUUAAUUCUCAUUGUAAUAAAGAAAGCAGUUAUUUUGUGACAUUGAAUUCACCUCCAGUGUUGAUUAGAAAUACAAGUACGCCGAUGAUAAGUAGUGGUCCCAAGAUAAGUUUCGAAUUGAGAAAAUCAAAUUCUAUAAAUUUACAUCUUAAAACGCCGGGAAAUUUUUCAUCAUCAUUGGAAAAUACGGAAUCUCCUCCAUUUUUGGAUAAUAACGAAUUUCGAAAUAAGUGUAGUUCUGAUUCUGUAUUCAACAGUGGUCGAUACAGUUCACAAUCAAAAUCAUUUAUACAGAGUGGCAGCUCCGAAUAUUACACCUGUGAACAACAGGAUUUAAAUUCCGGUAAAAAAUUAACAAAAGUUGAAGAGUUUUCAAAAUAUCAUCGAAGUGAAACUUAUAAGAAAGAUAUAAAACAAUUAAAGAAAACAGUUCGAUUUUCCGAUCAAUUUUCCCAAACAAUAGAAAUGGCUGAAUAUGAAGAAUUUUUUGAAGCUCAUGAAAAUUUAUCCGAAAUAUCACAACAAUUUUUAAAUAACGAAGAAGAAAUUAAUGAAAAUGAAAUAUCACUGAAUCAAAUUGAAUCGACUUUUGACAAUACUGAUAAUCAUGAUAAUAAAAUAAAUUAUGAAAAGGAAAAUAAAUUUUUAUUAGAGGAAAAUAAAAUUUCUUUAGAAAAUGAAAAUAAUAUUUCUCUAAUGAUUAGCAAUGUUUAUUUAAAUGACAAUAAAUCAAAAGAAAUAGCAAUAAAUGAAAAUUAUUUACAUAAAAAAAAUAUUUCAUCAAUGAAAAAUAUUUAUUUAAAAGAAAAUGUUUGUUUUAAAAAUAACAUUGUUUCUGUAAGUGAAAAUAAAAUUUACACAAAGAAAAAUGGAGAUGAAGAAAAAAAUUCAUUUGACGAAUCAAAUAUUUAUUAUCAACAAAAUGAAAUUAGCGAAGAUGAAAAUAAAGAAAAUGAAUUUGAAAAUAUUCGUCCAAGUUCAUCAAAUUCAAAUUCAUCUGAGACAAAUUCAAGAAAAAAUCAACAAGCAGCAGAAUCUUCACGAAUUGUCAUGAUGCUUCUUAUUGAUAAUGCAUCACAAUUUUCAAGAUCAGAUUUGGUACCUUUAAUUGAUUCGGAAUUAAAAAAAUUGGAGGAAACAACAACAACAACAUCAUCAUCAUCAUCAUCAACAUCAUCAUUAUCAUCGAUAAACACUGUUUACAAUUCAAUUUCCAAUCGUUCAAUAGGAUCACAAGAGGAAAAAUAUUCAAUGAAAAAUUCUCAAUUCAGAAGAAAAUCCACAACGUCAUCUGUCAAUAGUUAUUUUUCUAUUGCCAGUAGUAGUAGUGAGUGUUAUACAGCAGAAAAUGAAUCAUCAUUCACAAGUAUCAGCAAUAAAGAAAAUGCGUCCUAUGAAAAUGAAGACUCUUCAAAAUCUGAUGGGAUUCUUUCAGCAAUGGCACGAGUCGUGAGAAAUGCUUUGAAAAAAUUUCCAGGAGCGAGUAUAUUACAAGAAUCAAGUGAAUCAUCAAAUGAAGAGUCAAGUUCAUCAUUAACGAAAUUACCAUCACCAAUAGAAUUAUCAUCAUCAUCAUCAUUAUCAUUAGUAUCAUCACCAUUAUCAUCUUCAUCAUCGAGUUCACAACCGAGACUGGAACAAAGUAUAAAUCAUCUCGCAAGUAAACGACCCAGAGAUGCAAUAUCUCAAUCUGCAAUAAUUCAUAGUCCUAUUUUACCUAACGAAGACAGAAGUCCAAUUGCAAAACGUCAACGUGGAUGGUAUAAAUAUAAAGUAAGAGCUAGACCUCCAAUAGCUCGUAUGAGAAAAAUUCAAGUCACAUCGCCCAAAGGAAUUUCUUCCGAAACACAACGGUUUCAACAAGGUUCCCUUUCUGUCGGAAAACUAAAUACCAUCAUUCCUCUUCCCUCCAGAGCACACCAAUGCACACAAACGGAAAAAUAAAAAAAAAAAACAAACUUUUUCUCCAUUUAUUUUGUAAAUUAGUUUCUACAUUAUAUUUCCAUUUUUCUUUUUAACCAUUUUUAUAUUAAAAAAAAAAAGUCGAAUUAUACUUUUACUAUAUUUGUUUUUGAUAAAAUUUCUAAUUUUCUAGAAGUAAAAAUAAAAAAUUAAAAUAAAAUUAAUGCAACGCAAACGAAUGACAUAUCGAAAAUUGUUGAAUAUAUAUAUAUUUAUAUGAAAACGUGCAUUAAUAUAGUCACAGUGAAAGUACUUUUUUUUCAAUGAAAAGAAAUUUAUUCAAGAACCUUUUGAAUUUAUUUCAUUAGAAGAAAUUUAUUUGCAAAAAAAUUGAAUUUAUUUUUUUAAGUUAUAUUUUUGACUACGCACAUUUAUUCUGCUUCUGAUAAUUUUAUUAUUUGUGUGUUUACAAAUGUAUGACAUUAUGCAAUAUUUAUAUAUACAAUAACUCUAUAAUUGUAAGAGUUAAAAAUCUUAAUUACAUUGAUAAAUGAUUUUAAUAAAAAGAUGUGAUAUUUUAAAA